AUGUGAGUGCUCCGGGAGUCUGGCCGGGGCAAAACUCCUGUCUCUUCCCUGCUUUCCUUCUUCUGGCCUCUGCAUUUCGCUCUCCGACGCAACAGGGCUCGUUUUCCCUUCCUAAUGGCCCCACUUCACUUCGGCUUUCUGCUCCUUCUGGCUUGCUGCUUCUCCUCCUCUGAAGCACAGUUCCUGGACUGGAUUUGGGGCAGUGUGAAGACCACGAAAAGCCCAGCAGCACCUGGUGAGAGAACCACGGUGCUGGAAUCACUCUCCUCUGCAGCAGCUCCUGCCCCCAGUGUGUCCCCAGGAAUGCUGGGUGGCGAAAUGAUGGGAGAAGUAACCACCCCACAGUUCCAGGAGCCAGAUACUGGUACAGCAGCACCUGCAAGCAAGGAGACCACAACUGAAAAUGCCACACAGUGGGACAGGAAUGCCACAAGGCUGGUGGAGAGCAUGUCAUGGCCCAGCAUCACUCCUUCCCACAGCAUGUCACCUGCCCCUGGCCAGGAUGUAGCCAGCAGCUCCACUGAGAACCCACAACUCCUGGAUGCAGUGACCACCAAGGACCCACAGCUCCUGGGGUCAGGGACCGCUGAGGACCUGCAGCUCCUGGGGACAGGGACCACCAAGGACCCACAGCUCCUGGGGUCAGGGACCACUGAGGACCUGCAGCUCCUGGGGACAGGGACCACCAAGGACCCACAGCUCCUGGGGUCAGGGACCGCUGAGGACCUGCAGCUCCUGGGGACAGGGACCACCAAGGACUCACAGCUCCUGGGGUCAGGGACCACUGAGGACCUGCAGCUCCUGGGGACAGGGACCACCAAGGACCCACAGCUCCUGGGGUCAGGGACCACUGAGGACCUGCAGCUCCUGGGGACAGGGGCUGCUAAGGACUUGGAGAUCCUGGGAACAGGGACCACAGAGGACACACAGCUCCUGGGGUUAGGGACCAUUGAGGACCUGCAGCUCCUGGGGACAGGGACCACAAAGGACCCUCAGCUUCUGGAGUUGGGGACCACUAAGGACCUGCAGCUCCUGGGGACAGGGACCACCAAGGACCUACAGCUCCUGGGGAUGAAGAACACCGAGGACCUGCAGCUCCUGGGGACGGGGACCCCCGUGGCGAUGGGGACAGAGGUGUCCUUGCAGAGACCAGCGGGUCCCCGGCCAGGUAGUGCCCCUUUUCCUUUCUCACCAGGUGGCAGGUCCCGUGAGCAGGUGGUGCCACCCUGGGACCCCAUGGCGCAGCUGCCCCAACGUCACCACGGAGCGUUUCCCAACCGGCCAAAGCUGCGGCAUGGCACCGGCCGCCCAGGGCUGGUGGUGGCUGGCACAAAUGGGAGUCAGAGCCCUCCUUUGCCUGACAGGAGGGCAGAUAAUGGUGUGGAUCCUUCUCUUGCUGAUAACUCCAGUCCUCUCAAAUUUGAUUUACUAACCGCUGCUGCGCGACUCUACGGUGGUGGUGGCACAGGGCUCCCAUCCUAUCCUGGACUGUUGCCACCAGCCGGCCGUUGCCUUCCCGUCCUGACCCGCCUGCCCUUCUGCAGCGUGCUGGGCACCGACCAUUUCAGAUUACCAAAUUACCUCCACCACAGCAGCGAGGUGGAAAUUCGGGCAGCUUUGCAUGAGUGGGAGGGGCUGCUUGAAUCGCGGUGCCAUCGCUACGUGGAGUGGUUUCUCUGCUUGCUCCUGCUCCCUGGGUGUAGUGCUGUGGUCCCCAUAACCCCCCCACCAUGCCAGGGCUUCUGUGAGGCCGUCAGAGACCUGUGUUGGAUGCACUUGGCUGGCGGGCACCUGCCUCUGCCUUGUGAUGCUCUCCCCAAGGAGGACGAUGGGCAUUCUUGUGUCUUUAUUAAUGCUUCUGCAGAGAACCUGAGCACUGAGGUCAGCCUCCUGGAGCUGAUUGGAGACCCUCCCCCAGAGGAAAUCCUCAAAAUUUAUGGCCCUGACAACAACCCCGGCUAUGUCUUUGGCCCCAACGCCAACACAGGGCAAGUGGCCCGGUACCACUUGCCAAGCCCUUUCUUCCGGGACUUUUCCAUCCUAUUCCACAUCCAGCCCACCACCCCACGAGCUGGCGUGCUCUUUGCUAUCACAGACUCCUCACAGAGCAUCAUCUAUGUGGGCAUCAAGCUCUCAGAGCUGCGGGCAGGCAAGCAGCAGAUCAUCUUCUACUAUACAGAACCAGGCUCACCAAGCUCGUAUGUGGCAGCCACCUUCACUGUGCCUACCUUGCUCAACCAGUGGACGCGUUUGGCCAUCAGCGUGGAGGAGGAUGAAGUUGUCCUCUACCUGGACUGUGAGGAGCAUGAACGGUUCCGCUUUGAGCGCUCCCCGGAUGAGAUGGAGCUGGAAGAGGGCUCAGGGCUCUUUGUUGCUCAAGCUGGAGGAGCUGAUCCAGAUAAAUACCAGGGGGUGAUUGCUGAUUUGAAGCUGCUGGGGGACCCACGGGCAGCUGAGCGCCAGUGUGAGGAAGAGGAUGACGAUGCUGAGGAGGUCUCAGGUGAUUUUGGCAGCGGGGCAGAAGGUGGACACCAACCCUUGGGGAAAGUUGGGGGUGUCCCGGGGCUGGUGGAUGCUGUCCCUGUCACCUCUCCCCCUGUGGCGGUGGGCAGUGGACCUAGGACCAGUGGGGGCUCCCCACAGCAAGCUGAGAGGACCAGAGCAGAAGAGACACUACAGGGCUCCAUGGGAGGCACUGGCCCCAAAGGUGAGAAAGGAGAAAAGGGUGAACGUGGCCUGAAAGGGGACUCGGGGACUGGUGGCAUUGUGAGGACAGGCAGUGUCAAGGGCGAAAAGGGGGAGAAAGGAGAACUGGGCAUUAAGGGUAGUGCUGGAUUUGGCUACCCUGGUUCCAAGGGACAGAAAGGUGAACCUGGUGAUCCUGGACCCCCUGGAACCCUCUCACAGCACAGCGAUGGCUCCAUGGUGGAGCAGGUCACUGGUCCUCCAGGGCCACCAGGAAGGGAUGGAGCCCCUGGCAGGGAUGGCGAGCCUGGUGAUCCCGGCGAGGAUGGCAAACCUGGUGAUAUGGGGCCCCAGGGGUUCCCUGGGAUGCCGGGGGAGCCUGGUUUGAAGGGAGAGAAGGGUGACCCAGGCAUGGGGCCAAGGGGACCCCCUGGACCUCCUGGACCUCCAGGACCACCAGGACCCUCCUUCAAGCAUGACAAGCUGACCUUCAUCGACAUGGAGGGUUCUGGCUUCACUGGCGAACUGGAGACCCUGCGGGGUCCACGAGGGCCACCUGGUCCCCCAGGACCACCAGGUGUGCCUGGUUUGCCAGGUGAGCCAGGACGAUUUGGGAUGAACCACACAGACCUGCCAGGACCACCAGGGCUGCCAGGCAGGGAUGGGAUCCCUGGACCACCGGGGCCAGUGGGUCUUCAGGGUCCUCCUGGAAGAGACGGAACACCUGGGCAGCCAGGGCCCAAAGGAGAGCGGGGUGACGUGGGCGACCUUGGCCUCCCUGGUGCACCAGGACCCAAGGGCAGCAAGGGAGAAAUGGGACCACCAGGAGCCCCAGGAGAAACUGGCUUAGCUGGUCUGCCUGGGCCCAUUGGACCCCCUGGGCAGCCAGGGCCCCCAGGACCUCCAGGGCCAGGCUAUGAGGCUGGAUUUAGCGACAUGGAGGGAUCUGGGCUAGCCUUCACCGUCGGCUCGCCGGGACCACGCGGGCCUGAAGGACCACAGGGAGUGCCAGGACUACCAGGGGUGAAGGGGGAGGUUGGCAGUCCCGGGCAGCCUGGCUUGCCUGGAAUGAAGGGAAAUGCUGGUGUGCCUGGCGUGGAUGGCCGCCCUGGCCUGGAGGGCUUCCCUGGCCCACAGGGACCCAAAGGUGAUAGAGGCAGCCCUGGUGAGAAGGGUGAAAAAGGCCAAGAUGGUGUGGGGCUACCCGGCCCCCCUGGUCCACCUGGUCCCCCUGGACAGGUCAUCACUGUCUCCAGUGAAGAUAAAUCUUUGGUGGCUUUACCUGGUCUAGAGGGCAGACCAGGUCAUGCUGGCUUCCUGGGCCCGAUGGGACCAAAAGGAGACCGAGGGUCAUCUGGACCCCAGGGUCCUCCAGGGUUGAAGGGAGAGAAGGGGGAGCCUGGUGUCAUCAUCAGUCCCGAUGGGACUGUGGUCACUGCAAAGGUGAAAGGAGAAAAGGGGGAGCCAGGGCUGCGGGGACCAAUGGGACCCUCUGGUCCCCAGGGACGAGCAGGGAUGAAGGGAGAGAUCGGCUUUCCAGGCAGACCCGGACGUCCUGGCAUGAACGGGCUGAAGGGUGAGAAGGGUGACCCAGCAGAUGUCAGCAGCAUCCUGGGCUUGCGGGGUCCCCCAGGACCUCCAGGGCCCCCAGGGCCCCCUGGACCACCUGGCAGCAUAGUUUAUGACAACAGCAAUGCCUUCAGCGACUCUGGCCAUCCUGCACUGCCAGCCUUCCCUGGUUUCCAACAGUUUUCAGGACAAAAAGGAGAGAAAGGUGAUGCUGGAGCCCCAGGGCCUCCAGGCCACUUCCCCUAUGACCUGAGUCACUUCAGUGCCAACCUGCGGGGUGACAAGGGUGAUGCAGGUCCCAAGGGUGAGAAGGGUGAGCCAGGCAGCACAUCCCUCUACAGUCCCAGCGUCCCUGGGCUACCAGGGCCUCCAGGGCCCCAGGGCUACCCUGGGCUGCCGGGUCCCAAGGGGGAUAGUAUUGUUGGGCCACCAGGGCCUCCUGGACCUCAGGGACCCCCUGGUAUUGGAUAUGAGGGACGACAGGGACCCCCAGGCCCUCCUGGCCCCCCAGGUCCACCCUCCUUUCCAGGUCCCCACAGACAAGCUAUCAGUAUCCCUGGACCCCCUGGACCACCGGGACCCCCUGGACCACCAGGCACCAGUGAGAUGUCUUUGGGGCUGCGUGCCCUGCCAACCUACCAGGCGAUGCUGAGCGCCGCGCAGGAGCUGCCCGAGGGCAGCCUCGUCUUUCUGACCGACCGGCAGGAGCUCUACGUUCGCCUGCGCGGGGGCUUCCGACGAGUGCUGCUGGAGGAGCACACUCUGAUCCCCAGUUCAGCUUUGGACAACGAGGUGUAUGACAAGCUGCCCAGUGUCCACUACGCCGGCCCCCAGCCCCCGCUCCAGCCCCACGGACCCCUGCAUCCUCUCCGCAAUCACGUCCCCCCACCCACCGCCCGGCCCUGGCGGGGGGAUGAGGUGGUGGCCAACCAGCACCACCUGCCCGAGCAACCCUUGCUCCACCACCAGCACGAGCUCCUCAACAGCUACUACAUCCACCGCCGGCCGGAUCCGGCUCCUGUGGCUGCCCACGUGCACCAGGACUUCCAGCCUGCGCUUCACCUGGUGGCUCUGAAUGCCCCGCUGAGCGGCGGCAUGCGUGGCAUCCGAGGUGCUGAUUUCCAGUGCUUCCAGCAAGCCCGGCAGGUCGGGCUGGCUGGCACCUUCCGCGCCUUCCUCUCCUCCCGCCUGCAGGACCUCUACAGCAUUGUGCGCAGGGCCGACCGUGCCACCGUGCCCAUCGUCAACCUCCGGGAUGAAGUGCUCUUCGCUAACUGGGAAGCCCUGUUCACGGGCAGUGGUGCCCCACUGCGAGCUGGUGCCCGCAUCCUCUCCUUUGAUGGCCGAGAUGUCUUGCGGGAUGCUGGAUGGCCACAGAAGAGUGUCUGGCACGGCUCAGAUGCCAAGGGCCGUCGCUUGCCUGAGAGCUACUGCGAGACGUGGCGGACGGACAAGCAUGCCGCGACCGGCCAGGCUUCCUCACUGGCCUCUGGCAAGCUGCUGGAACAGGUGGCCAGCAGCUGCCAGCAAAACUUCAUCGUCCUCUGCAUUGAGAACAGCUUCAUGACUGCUGCCAAAAAAUGACACCUUCCCAUCCCCUGGGUAUCCCACAUCUCCUCUGGGAGGGUCAGGCCAGCCUGCACCCUGGCAUCCCUUGGGUUCUCAGCCCCCACCAUGUGCCUGACCUCACCCUGCAGGAUAUUUUUCCUCACAGACCUGAAGCCAAAGAGUCUCACCAUCACCCCUGCCCUGGGUCGGCAGGAGCUCGUGUCCCACCUGGGGCAGGGCAGCAGUGGGAAAGCUGCCUUACUUCUCCUCUUGCUCCUCUUCUCUUCUAACUCCUAAUAUUUAACCACUUCAGCUUGGGUCC